GUGCGCUUCCCGCCGCCGCCGCUCGGGGUGGCUGCGGCUCGGCCCGGGCUUCCCACGUAAAUACACGUACCAAUAUCAAUAGAAACCUAUCUGGAUAUCUAACUCUAUGUGUUCUCCUCUUCCGGUGGCUAUUAGUUAUCUUCUUUUUUCCGGCUGAGAGAUGGCGGCCCCCGAGCCGCCGCUGCCUAUGGCGAGAGGCUGCCCGAGCUCCGCGGCGCUGUCUCCCGGCCGGGGCGACCGAACGCUUCUGGUCAGGCACCUGCCCGCCGAGCUGACCGCCGAGGAGAAGGAGGACUUGCUGAAGUACUUCGGGGCGCAGUCGGUGCGGGUCCUGUCCGACAAGGGGCGACUGAAACAUACUGCUUUUGCUACUUUCCCUAAUGAAAAGUCAGCUAUAAAGGCCUUGACAAGACUCCAUCAGAUGAAACUUUUAGGUCACACUUUAGUUGUUGAAUUUGCAAAAGAACAGGAUCGAGUUCAUUCCCCAUGUCCCACAGCAAACACUGAGAAAAAGAAAAGGUCUGAUGACACUGUGGAAGAUGAUAAAGAAAAGAAAGAGAUUGGUUUUUUAACAAUAGAAAAUGGAAUUGCACCAAACCAUGGAUUGACUUUCCCAUUAAAUUCAUGCCUCAAGUAUAUGUACCCACCACCUUCAAGUACAAUCCUAGCAAAUAUUGUAAAUGCGUUGGCAAGUGUGCCUAAGUUCUAUGUACAGGUACUUCAUCUUAUGAAUAAAAUGAAUUUACCUACACCUUUUGGACCAAUUACUGCACGACCCCCCAUGUAUGAAGACUAUAUGCCAUUGCAUGCGCCUCUUCCACCUACGUCACCUCGACCACCUGAGGACCCUCCUUUGCCAGAUGAGGAUGAAGAAUUAUCUAGUGUAGAAUCAGAAUAUGAGAGCAGUGAUAACGAAGAUCGACAGAGAAUGACUAAACUGAUGGAACUAGCAAAUCUUCAGCCCAAAAGACCAAAAACAACAAAGCAACGUCAUGUGAGAAAAAAGCGAAAGAUAAAAGAUAUGUUGACUACACCAUCAUUUGCUUCACACAGCAACUUACAUCCUGUGCUGUUACCUUCGGAUGUAUUUGAUCAGCCACAACCUGUAGGUAAUAAAAGAAUUGAAUUCCAUAUAUCUACUGACAUGUCAACAGCAUUUAAGCAAGAUUUAGAGAAGGAACAUGAGGAAAAAAAUUGUGAUUUACCUGCAACUGACGCUGAUGCUUCAAAUGUAGGUUUUGGAAAAAUCUUUCCCAAACCUAAUUUGAGUGUUCCAGAAGAAAAUAAUGAAGACUCUGAUGAAAUGCCCUCAGAAUGUAUCUCUAGAAGAGAGUUAGAAAAGGGCAGAAUUUCUAGACAAGAAAUGGAAAAGCUUUCAGUUUUCCGAAGUUAUGAGCCUGGUGAACCCAACUGUAGAAUUUAUGUAAAGAAUUUAGCCAAACAUGUUCAAGAAAAGGACCUUAAAUUUAUUUUUGGAAGAUAUGUUGAUUUUUCAUCUGAAACACAAAAGAUAAUGUUUGAUAUACGCUUAAUGAAAGAAGGUCGCAUGAAAGGACAGGCUUUCAUUGGACUUCCAAAUGAAAAGGCUGCAGCUAAAGCCUUAAAGGAAGCAAAUGGAUAUGUUCUUUUUGGAAAACCUAUGGUGGUUCAAUUUGCUCGAUCUGCCAGACCAAAACAAGAUUCUAAAGAAGGAAAAAGAAAGCGAUAAGGGUUAGUAAUGAAGCAUUCCUGCGUAAAUACUGCUGUAAUACUGUCAUGCAAAGUGUAUCCUUUCUUGUUGUAUCCUUUUUUGGGGGUAGUGUUUGUUUUUUUUUCUUUUUUUUUCUCCCCAGGAAUGUUUUGUCCCUCUUAUUCAUUGAUCCAGAUCAAGCAGUAAUUCCAAAGAAGUACUUCUAAAAUUGUUUGUGUGGCUUGAAAAGAUAUUUUUUUUUUGUUUUUUAGAUUCCUUGUUGAAUAUUUUAUUUUAUUUAGGUUAUAUAGUUUUUCCAAGAAAAGUUAGUGAAUCAGGUCAACUUAUCAGUACGUACAUGUACUUAAAACACAGAAUUGUCAUGUUCCUUUUGUUUGUGUAUUUACUAAACCGAAUUUAGUAACAAAUGCUUUCUAUUUAAUGAUAUAUCUUGUUUUAAUACUAUGUAUUACAUGUUUUAAAAUUUAACUGAGAAAAGGUUUCUUUUUUAUUUUUUUAAAGUACAUAUAUUGACUGACUAGAUUCUAUAUAAGUCUCAAAGUAAGACCUCACAUCUGAGGUGUGAUAUAAAGAUAAUAAUUAGAAGGACCUAUCUUCUUUUAUCUUUUCUUAAGCACAAAACAAAAAUUAAAAAAGAACAAAAAGAUAGUAAUGGGAUAAAAAUGUAUAAUGUUGAUUUCAGGUUGAUUAGUAAGUGGAAAAAAAAUUGUCCUGGUAGAAAUAAGAACAGUGAUCUAGAAUUGGUGAUGAUCACUAAGAUCUUCUAUUCUCCAACUUCAUUGACCAUAGUAAUGACUUGGAAACCUAAAAACAAAACAUCAGAAUUUUAAA